CAAUUCUUCCCAAUAAAAACAACACACACACACAAAAAGUAAAAUUCUGAACAGUUCACAAAUUUUGUAAAAUUUUUUAAUAUAUUCAUUUAAGUUUCUGUUAUAAAUAAUUGUUAAUAUUUAAAUAACAUGAGUGGGGCACAUCGUGAAGCGGUACAAAAGCAGAUCCAUCAAGACUGGGCCAAUCGUGAAUAUAUUGAAGUUAUUACGGCCAGUAUAAAACGUAUUACUGACUUUCUCAAUUCGUUCGAUAUGUCUUGCCGUUCACGCCUAGCUGUGCUCAAUGAAAAACUGACCACUUUGGAGAGGCGCAUUGACUAUUUGGAAGCCUGUGUAACAACUGGUGAAACAUUGACAUAAAAAUAGCCUGGCAUGGGCUUAUGCAUACAUAGUUUAGAAAAGUAUUACAAGUGUUUAAAAACGAAUGAAGGAAUGUUAUUGCAGUAAUAAUGAUGACGACGGAGUGACAUGCAGUAUGAAAUCAUUCAUGAAUUUCAUGUCAACUUUAAUAGUUUACAUUUUUUUCUUUAAGCAACUUUAUUUUUAAUUUAAGUUAGUAAUUGUUUACAACAACAAAUUUAUAAUUCCCUAGAAAUGCAUUUUUUUCUAUAUUAAUAAUAAAAUCGUAUGAAAUAUUAAAAUAACUAA